UGCGCAAGGCCUCAGCUUUCCUUCCACUACCUGCUUGCACUCUUCGAUGCAGCCUGUUCUUUUGACGGCCUCGAUCACUGGCAGCUUGAACAUUGAUUGUGUUUCAAUCCCUACACUGCGAUGAUUGACCUACCCUUGCACUAGACUCUGCACUAUCCUUCGGUUUUCGGCCGCUUCGGUGAACCCUGCGGAGUACUAGUUCAAGCCGACAACUUGAAGCCUGCAGGCAGCCGCUCCCUACACCUACCGUUUCCACUGUGAAGCAGGCUCAGUCUACCUCUCCUCCCCCACAGACGUUCAAUCACCACGCCCGUUUGUUCUUUCAGCGCAAGGUGCACAUGCUCUGUCUUCUUAGCGUCCUUAUUGCGCAGCAUCAGCGUCGAUUUCCACAGAUCCAGUCACAAGCGAGACCCUUCAACUAAGGAGCCGUACCCCGGAUUUGGUGCAAUCGCCACUCUUCCGGCUCCCCAGUUACUGUCAGACACAGUGUUCAGAAGGUUCCAAGAAGGCUGAAGGUUGUUUCCAGCAUCGCUUAUUGGGAAAGUGGGCAAAGUCUUGUCUUGUGGAGUGUCACGCCCACCACAACUCGGGGUCAUCGGGAAGAGACAAACAACAAGAAGGGGGUGGAGUGAUCAGCCAGAAUGACUACGUCUGCUUUUCGAGAUUCAAUGAACUCUCUAGGAUGGUCUCGACGAGACCCGGACAUAGCGGCCAAUACUUCGUCCUCGACGCCCAUUCUAUCUAGACUGUCAUCCUUCAAUCCGUUUGGGCAGAGAGGAUAUGUCCAAUUACCCACGCACGAGGCGCCUGGGGCGCCAUUGCCUGCGCCAACCCGGAGAGAAGAGGAAGAAGGCUGGUUCGCAUUAAGCCGAUGGGAUCGCCUCCUCAUAUUUGGAGGAUGUAACGUGGCCGCUUUGGCCUGUUUCGUUAUCUGUUUUGCGUUGUUUCCAGUUCUAUCGCUGAAGCCGCGAAAGUUUGCGAUUUUGUGGUCCGUUGGUUCGAUGCUGUUUCUGGCCUCGUGGGCUUUCAUGAUGGGACCAUAUCAAUAUGCACAACACUUGAUCUCAGGGCCCAGGUUACCCUUCACGGCAGCCUACUUCGGGUCUAUUGUCAUGACCAUCUACUUUGCGGUUGGGCUUCAUUCCACCAUCCUCACGCUCCUCUCUUCCAUCGUACAACUCGUGGCGUUGGCGUGGUAUUUGGUUAGCUAUUUCCCCAUGGGCAGCACAGGAUUGCGUUUUGCAGCCAGAGUUGGGGGAGGCCGGGUAGCGGCUUGGAUGAACGACUAACCCUGCAGCUGUGUGCAACGCGCCACCGCUCCUCUCGGCGUGGGAUAGUAUACUGCGAGCACAUCAACACCGGUUAGCCCGGCCGCAUUGUGUCUCACUUGCAAUGCAAGUGAUUGCCGUUUUCGCGCCUGUGGUAUUGAUGAAUCAUCUCUUCGUGCAGCAUUCCGUCGUCUAGCAUUUGCGGGCGUCACUCGGUGCGCCUCCGCACUUCCCUCUCGCCGCUGCCAACUCCUCUUACUGCGUCCGUGAUCAGAUCCCGCAGCUCUCUCUGUCCUUCUUCGGUAUGAAAAUUGUCUCGGCUGGCCAGCUCUUCGAUCCUCCUCCUGAAUUCGGGGUCCGGUUCCUGGUCGAGAUUGUUGGCCGUCGGGUCUGGCGCCGUAUCUAUGUUUAUGCUCACGUUAGGCGGUAGAGGCGGCGGGUGCUGGCCGCCGUUGGUAACAGGCCCAGCGCGGUUAGCACCGGGGCUGGAGGAGUGUUCGCGCAGAUAUGCGGCCACAUCAGGGUACUCCUGCUCUGCCUCGAACUUCUCGACUGCAGUCAUGCCCUCGUCGUUUUGCGCGCCUAGAUCGACGUGCAAUUCCUCGACCAGACAUUUGGCUACUUCCACCGUCUCUGCAACAAACAAGCAUGUUUCUCCGUCUUCGUCUCUGAGAUUUACGUCGACGUGGAAUUCAUUGACAAGGGAACGUAGAAGAUCCACAUGACUAUAGGAAGCGGCAGCGUGCAGAAGAGAAUAGCCAUGGGCAUCUUGUGCAGAGGCGAGAUCUGGCUUGGCCCGGAGGAGGGGCAGUAGGCGUGGAUCUGGAUCAGGCGUGACCGCAGCCAGGAGGAAAGGAUUGAGAUCCGACAUGGUCGAACGAAGAUGCUGUGCGAUUAUAACUUUUCUCGUAUUUUGGUUCGGCUCAAACCCUCACUUGACAGGUUUCGUGCCAGAUGAAGAGUCCCCGAGCGAGCGGUGCAGAGAACUCGAAGCGCCGAAAAACAUGUGCCUGUGCAAUGUUGCUGGUGCCGGGAAAGAAAAAUGGCCGGCUAAGGUCUGGCGCAGCUUAUGUCAUCUGAACCUAAUGACUCGAACUCCUGCACUGUGACUGGGUGGCGGAACGUCAUUUUUAUAGAAGAAUAAUAUCUUAGCAGCAA